AUGGCGCCGCAGCAGAAGACGAUCGAGCAGCGCUACCAGAAGAAAUCGCAACUGGAGCACAUUUUGCUCAGGCCGGACACUUACAUCGGCAACACAGAGCUGCAGACGCAGCAGAUGUGGGUGUACAAUCCCGAGACCAAACGCAUGGUCUACGAGCCUGUCUCCUUCAUCCCCGGUCUGUACAAGAUAUUCGACGAAAUCCUCGUCAAUGCGGCUGACGUGCACGCCCGACAGCAGUCGGACCCGUCGUUGCACCGUAUGACCUUCAUAAAGGUCAACUUCAACAAGGAGACGGGAGCAGUCACCGUGGCCAACGACGGCGAGCCCAUCCCGGUGCAGAUACACAAGGAGCACAACAUGUACGUGCCGGAGAUGAUCUUCGGCGAGCUGCUUACGUCUGACAACUAUGACGACUCGGAAGGCCGUAUCACCGGCGGGCGUAACGGUUUCGGCGCCAAGCUGACCAACAUUUUCUCGAAGACCUUCGAAGUCACAUGCGGCGAUAGCCGCAGGCACAAGCAGUUCGGAAUGAAGUGGGAGGAGAAUAUGAAAAAGAUAAAAUCCCCGGCCAAAGUUGUACCGUACCACGGUAAAGACUUCGUCAAAGUCACCUUCGUGCCCGAUUAUGAGCGUUUUGGCAUCACCGCCAUGGACGACGGCACGCUCAAAGUGCUCCUGAAAAGGGUGUAUGACGUCGCGGGCACGACCGGCCUCAAGGUCUUCUGGAACGACGAGAGGCUGCCAAUCAGCGACUUCAAGCACUACGUAUCGCUGUAUUUCGACGAGGAGGCCCAGCUAAUGAAGGUGUACGACAAGGCUUACCGGUGGGAGGUGAUGGUGUCCGCCACCGACGGGAGCGGGUUCCAACAGGUCUCGUUCGUCAACAACAUCACCACUUUGAAGGGCGGUACGCACGUGCAACACGUCCUGGACCCACUCGUGGCAGCGAUCACCAACAAGGUGAAGUCGAAGAACAAGGAUGGCGUGGAGCUGAAACCGUACCAAAUCAAAAACUACAUCUUCCUGUUCGUGAACUGCCAAAUCGUGAACCCGACCUUCGACUCGCAGACCAAGGAGACGCUCACCACGAAGCCAACGAGGUUCGGCAGCAGGUACACCAUGAACCCGAAGGCGGUGGCCCAGAUCCUCAAGAGCACGCUGCUGGAGCGCAUCGUCUCGUUCGCGCAGCACCGGCUGAACAUCGAGCUAAAAAAGAAAAUGAAAGUUACCAAGGCCGUCAACAGGCUCACCGGCAUCCCGAAGCUGGAGGAUGCCAACCGGGCUGGCACCCGCAGCGCACGGGACUGCACCCUCAUCCUCACUGAGGGUGACUCCGCCAAAACGUCAUGCCUCGCCGGAUUGUCGGUCGUGGGUCGAGACAACUACGGCGUGUUCCCGCUGAAAGGAAAACUGUUGAACGUCAGGGACGCUAGUUACAAACAACUUGUGCAAAAUGCAGAGAUACAAAACAUCCUAAAAAUCAUGGGCCUGGACAUCUCCAAAAAGGACCAGACGACCCCAGAAGGACUCAGGUACGGGUCAAUCAUGAUCAUGACCGAUCAGGACUACGACGGCUCGCACAUCAAGGGCCUGCUCAUAAACCUGCUGCACUACUUCUGGCCGAAGAUGAUCCAGUACCGGGGCUUCAUCAGGGAGUUCGUCACUCCGCUGAUAAAGGCCACGAAAGGUGACGCCGUGGUAUCGUUCUUCACGAUGCAGGAUUAUGUGCACUGGGUGAACAGCACCAACGUGUCCGGGUGGCGCAUCAAGUACUACAAAGGUCUCGGGACGUCGACCGACAAGGAGUUCAAGGAGUACUUCACGAACAUCCGGCAGCACCUGAUCGACUUCGUGUACGAGGACGAGGCGGACGACGACAGCAUCGACAUGGCGUUCAACAAGAAAAGGGUCGACGACCGGAAGGCGUGGAUGCAGAGCUACGAGCACGGCACCACCGUGGACCACACCAUCAAGAACCUGAAGUACUCCGACUUCAUCAACAAGGAGCUCAUCCAAUUCUCCAUCUACGACACGGAGCGCAGCAUCCCCUCCGUGGUCGACGGGUGGAAACCCGGCCAGCGCAAGGUGCUGUUCGGGUGCCUCAAACGGAACCUGAUCUCCGAGUGCAAGGUGGCGCAGCUGACGGGCUAUGUGGCCGAGCACUCCGCGUACCACCACGGCGAAGCGUCGCUGCAGCAGACCAUCAUCAACAUGGCGCAGGAUUUCGUUGGGUCCAACAACAUAAACGUGCUGGAGCCGUGUGGCCAAUUCGGCAGCCGCAAGGAGGGCGGCAAGGACGCCUCUGCGGCGCGUUACAUCUUCACCAAGCUGAUGCCCAUCACGAGGCUGAUCUUCGUGGAGGAGGACGACAACGUGCUGCAGUACCAAAACGAGGAGGGCCAGAUCAUCGAGCCGUUCUACUACAUCCCCACUAUCCCCAUGGUGCUGGUCAACGGCAGCGAGGGCAUAGGCACCGGUUUCAGCAGCCAGAUCCCCAACUACAACCCGUACGACAUCAUCAGCAACCUCCGUCUGUACCUGAGCAACCGGGACAUGAAGCCCAUGGUCCCGUGGUAUCGCAAGUUCACGGGCAGGAUAGAACCGAACGACAAAGGCGGUUUCGACUGCAUCGGAACGUACCAAUGGCUGGGUGAAGAGGGCCUGCUUGAGAUCACCGAGCUGCCGAUCCGUCGUUGGACCCACGACUACAAGGUGUUUUUGGAAAGCCUGGAGCAGGGCGUGGGCAGAAGAGACCCGUUGAUCCUGGGGUUCGUGGACAACUCCACCCACGAAAGCGUGCAUUUCACUGUCAACGUGAACGCCGACGCCAUGGAGGAGAUUUUGAACGAGGGCGUGGAGAAGGUCUUCAAGCUCCGCACCAGCAUCGCCACCUCCAACAUGACCCUCUUCGACGGCCAGAAGAAGCUCAAGCGUUACAGCAACGAGCUGGAAAUCGUCCGGGAUUUCGCCGCAGUGAGGCUGGAGACGUACGAAAAGAGGCGCCUGUACAUGAUCAACAACCUCCAACUGACGCUGAAACGGAUCAGCAACCAGGUCAGGUUCAUACACAUGGUGAUCAACCAGGAGCUCAUUCUGUUCAAAAAGAAGAAGGCCGUCCUGAUUGCCGAAUUGAAGGAACUGAAGUUCGACCCUCACUCCGAACUUGUCAAGUCCACCGCAGGCAGCGAGGUGACCCCGCCUGUGCUACCCACCGAGCCCGCCACUCCCGCCGGCCAGUCCAGGAGGACCUCAACCCUGGACGCCCAGGCGGCCGACUACAACUACCUGCUCAACAUGCCGCUGUGGUCGCUCACUUUAGAGCAGGUCCAGAAACUGAACGAGGAGCACGCGCAGAAGGAAGAGCAGCUGCGGCAGCUCAUGGUCACCACCGUCACCGACAUGUGGCUGGAGGACCUGGACCGCCUCGAGACGGCCAUGAGGGCGACGUACCGUCAACAGGAAACCGCGGCACCCACCCCCUCCAGGGCGGCGCUGCUUCAACUCGGGAAACGGAAGUUGAAGUCCACGGGCAACCAAAAGAGUGGCGCGACUCCAAAGGUGGCCGAGAGCCCUGCAGCGCGCACGCCAGCCUCCGCGUCGAACCGCGCCAACAAACGAAGCAAAACCAAGGCCGAUUCCGACGACUACAGCGACUACUAUGACGACGUGACGCUCGUUUCCGACACGUAUACGGACGACGAUGUCGACAUGGUGGAAGCGACACCCAAACCGGCGAAGCCUGCGAAGACCACCCGAAGGCAGAUUUCCAUCGCAACGGCCUUUUCAAACGCAAACAAGGCUGCAGAUAACACGCCACAAACGGGCCAACUAGCCUGCGCCACGCCGGUCGCAACCGAUAGGCCUGCGGAGCUGCCGCCCAACCCGAUGAAGGCGGCGAUGCCCGAAAUCAACGCCGGCACCGAGUCGUUCAACCCCAACCACCGACAGUACGCGCAACACACUGACCUAGAUGAGUCCGACAACGCGUCGAUGACGGCCGAAUCUGACGACGGCUUCUCCCUGAGCCAGAUGGAGUUCUCGCAAGACGCCCUGGCCGCCACGGACAUCGAGCGCCUGAUGGCCGACGCGAGGCGCAAGAAGCAGCAACGUGAGGCCAACCGAACCAAAUCGCUAAACGCGCCACAAUCCGCGCACACCACCCCCAAGGGUGGCGCCAAAACGCCUGCGAGCGCCACCAACACGCCCAAGCGGGGCGCCCGUACCCCCCAAAGGGCCGGCGGCACAACUCCCAAGGGCCUAAAAGCCUCGUCUACGUCCAGCCCGUCGCCCGCCACGGCCAAAAGCCGCAGCACGCCCCAAAGAGGCGGCGCGAAGAAGUUGCAGUACUACGAGUCAAGUGAGGAAGAGGACUACUACGGUGAGGAUGACGAGGAGAGCGGCUACGAGCAAGAGGACGAAGACGAGGAAUACGAGGAGACUACGACCCGCAGCCAGUCGCGCUCCGCACGCCGCGGCGGCACGGCAGCGUCCCAGGACACAGCCGGCAGCCGGUCGAGGCGGAACACCGCCGCCGCCAAGGCGGACGAGGCAAAGAGCAAGCCAACCACGCCCGCCAAAACUACACCGUCCGCUGCCAACCACGGCGAGAAAGCCUCGCCGUCAGGCGCCCCUGGCAGCGGCGACAAAGCGGGCCGGGAGGUUGAUAUCGAUUUCAGCCUUUCCCAGGAGCCGGCCGAGAAUGAGGGUCCACGCGGCGACUCCAGCCCGUCGGACAAACACACAUCGGCGCUGCACAGGGCCGGCUUGGCUAAAUUCAGCGUCAGCCUCGCGGAUAGGCUGCGUAACCUAACUCCGAAGCCACCGCACAACUAG